AUGUCACUCCCCACCACCAGCAAGCCAUCGCAAAUGUCUAUCCGAUCCUUCUUCCAGGCCAAGACGCCCAAAUACGCUCCUCCUCCAUCACAGAGCCAUAAUAGCAGCAAUAACAGCAAUAACAACGACAUCACCAUCGGCGCCCCGACGAUUGCACACUCUUCCGUAUCCGCCGCCGCAUCAACGACAACACCACAACCGCAAUCGCAAUCGCAAUCGCAAUCCGAUCUCACCCCGCAUCCAAAUUCAAAUCCAAAUCCAAAUCCAAAUCCAAAUCUACCCCGCGAAGCCUCCAUCCGCGCCAUCACCCCCGGCGACAUCAACGCCCUCCGCCGCCUCAACGCCCUCCUCCUCCCCGUCAGCUACCCCGAGGCCUUCUACAACCGCGCCGCCGACCCCAUCGCCGGCCGAUUCUCCCGCGUCAUCACCUGGUCCCACGAUGGCGCCGAUCCCAAACCCGUCGGCGGCAUCGUCUGCCGCGUCGAGCCCGACAUCGACGUCCACGCCCCGGACGGCGGGCCCCAGGUCGCCCAGAACCUGUACAUCCAGUCGCUCUGCUUGCUGUCGCCCUACCGCUCCAUGGGCCUCAUCGCCGCCGCGCUGGACAAUGUCAUCGCCGCCGUCGUGACGGAUCCGGCGCUGGAAGUCCGCACCGUCACAGCGCACGUCUGGACCGAGAACGAGGAGGGCCUGCAUUGGUACGAGGCGCGGGGCUUCGAGAAGCACGAACCGGCUAUCAAGGGCUACUAUCUCAAGCUGCGUCCCGACUCGGCCUGGGUCGUCUCCAAACGAAUCGGUGCCUCUGUUUUCAACGCCCUCCCCUCGUCAACACCGCCCUUCUCUCGACCUGAUAUAACCAGCACCACCGCAGCUGUCAUGAGCCUUCCACCCAUGACGAGCCAAAUUCCGCCCGCUACUGCUGCUGCUGCCACUCCUCCCGCCGUCAGCAAUAGUGCCCCUCCUCCUCCCUCGACAGCCAGGUCCAGGCCUCCUGUCAGAGCCGCAUCAGGCCAAUCCUAUCAAAAUCAGCGUGCCGAGACAGAGUGGAAUGACCUCCCUGCGGACAUGGCGCCGACUCUUCUCGGGCCGCCAAAGACUGGCAGCGAACCCGGAUCUGGCGCGAGCUCAAGGAGCAGCUCCACCGUCAGGAGAAAAAGGGAUCGAUCCUAUCCAGCUGCUGCAUUUGGGCAGUGA